AUGGACUACUUCCUGCUGGGCAAGGGCGCGCUGCUGGUCCGCGAGCGGUCCCUCGUGAGCAGCGCGCUGCAGACCUGGGCGUCGGUGUCCAGCGGCGCCUCGCUGGAGGCGUCCUUCGACGACGACGACGGCGACGGCGCCUACGUCUUCUCCGAGCCCUCGGACGCCGAGGAGGAGGAGGACGUGGGCAGCCUCGCGGCGACCAUCUCCGACGCGACGGCCGCGCGCCUCGCGGCGACGCUGAACCGCCUGUCGCCCGCGUCGGGCGACGCGAACGACGCGCCGUCGCCUCGGAGCCCCGCCGCGCGCGCGGACGCGCCGUCGCCUCGGAGCCCCGCGGAGCUCUACCCCGGCGAGCCCGCGGAGAACCUGCUCGCGCGCCUCGGCCGGUCGCCCUACGCGCCGGACGCGCCGACGCCCGGCCCGAUUCCGCCGACGCCGAGCCCCGGCGCGGCGCACGCGUCGCGGCCGUCGCCGCCGCCGCGCGCGCCCGUCGCCGUGCACCCCCAGCGCCGCGCCGUCAACGCCUGCCGGAGCCUGAGCCGGCGCGCGUCGGCCCACGCGCGCGACGCCGCGGCGCGCCUGAGCCGGCUCCUCGCGCUGCGGCGCCGCGACGCGAAGCGGCGCGCGGUCGGGCGCUGGCUCGCGGACGUCGCGGGCGAGCGGGCGACGCGGGAGGCGCGGGCGGCCCUGGACCGGUCGCUCGACGCCGCCGAGGCGCGGCGGCUCGGCGCCGUCGCGCUCGCGAAGGCGCUCACGCGGAAAGUCGACGACGCGACGGCCGCCGGUUUGGACGUCGCCCGGCUCCGGCGGGCCAAGGCCGUGGAGCGGCGGCGGGGCGACGCGCGCGUCUUCGCGGCGGCGUGCCGCGGCGUGCUGCGCGCCUCCGCGGGCCGGCGCGCGGGCGUCGCGCUGCGGCGGUGGCGCCGCGCCGCGGACGCGUCGACGCCGCCGCCGCCGCCGCCGCCGCCGCGCGACGUCGUCGCGACGCGCGGCGCCCUGGUCGCCGGCGCCCUGGCGGCGCUGGUCCUCUGCCGGCGGCGCGCCGCGCGCGAGGCGCUCCGGCGCGCGGUCGCCGCGUGGACCGCCGCGGCGUUCGCGGGCGCCGUCGCGGACCUCGACGCCUUCGACGGCGAGCUGCGGUCCGCGCGCGCGGCGCGGGCCGACGCGGAUUCGGGGCGGGAGCUCGCCGAGGCCGCGCGCGACGGCGCCGCGCGGGCCGCGCGGCGCGCGGGGCUGCCGCGCGUCGUCGCGGUGGCCCUGGCGACGUGGCGGUCGCGGCGGACCGGCGCGGCCUUCGGCGCCUGGGCGCGCAACGCGAUGCGCGCGGGCCUCGCGCGGGACCGCGCGGUCUGGAAGGUCGCGGCGCUCGCGCGCCUGCGGAGCCUCGUGAAGCGCGUCGGCGACCUCGAGGCGAGCCUCGAGACCGCCGCGGCCGCCGCGCCCGCGCCCGCGGCCGCGGCCGCGCCCGCCGCGGAGGAGGCGCCGGCGCCGCGGCGACGCAAGGUCCCGCGACGGCCGGCGCACCGCGAGCCCGGCUUCAUCCCGCCGCCGUGCUGCGAGCACGUCCCCUACCGCCUCCUCUCCGUCAAGGCCCAGGUCCCGCCGACGCCGCCGAGGCUCGACCGCAAGAAGCCGCCGCCGCCGCGCGCCCGGAGCCCGGAGAGAGAGCCGCCGCCGAAGACGUACGUCGUGACGUUGCCGUUUUGA